AAAUGCCCAGCAGCAUAUACAUUCGCUUAUAUGAACCUAAUUCUGUGUUCUUAAAUAUUAGGGUUCAAGCUUGCCUCAGUGUGCUCCCAAAGCAGCACUCCCCCCAACAUGUACAAAGGCCUAAGAUACGCCCCACAGCUAAAAUCCUUGACUUUCCUCCUCCCAUGUGCAACUCCUCCACCUGCUGUGUGCCCGGAACUGUAGAUAGCCCAGCAGUAGGCAAAGUGAUAAAGACAGACUGUUCUCAUGAUGAGGAUGAGUUUGAUCUAACGGCAAACUCUUAGAAAUAUUAGGCGAAGGAAACGGUUAUAUCAACAUCUAAUAGGAAUGUCUCAUGGCAAAUUAUUAUUGAACUUUCUUCUGCUUAGCUCUGCAUUAACUCUACCAGUUGUCCACCUUGAAGGCAUCACCUGUGCGUUAUAUGAGAACUCCUCUUCCAGUGUCAGCUUCCCUGUCUCCAACUUUGGGGAGCUACAAGGACCCGGAAAGAUAUACUGCAAGGAGAGCAAUUGUUGUGUGGGUCUAUGGAGUCUGUUCAGUGGGGAACUUCAGCCAGUCAUAUUAGGCUGCUAUCCAAAAAAUGCCGUGUGCAGGUCAGCACUCUGCAAUCCCGUGAGAAUCCAGUCCCAGUAUCACUGCUUCUGUUCAUCAGACAUGUGCAAUGCAAACAUUACCCAUCCCCAAAAACCCAUGAUCUCCCGUGAUUAUUCUUAUGUUUUUGUGACUACCAGCUUCCUGAUUCUAUGUGUAUUUGGGAUCAUUAUAGUGCUGAGAAAACGUAAACACCUAGACCAUUUCAUUAGAAAAAGCCAAGAGGAGCUGGAGCUGCAGGAUGUGAUCAAAGGAGAAGAGAAUGUACCCCCAACAGCACCAGUGGAUGGGCUCACCAUACUCCAGGCACUCAAAGAGGAUGGUUUGUCGGUAAAGUUAAGUCUUGGGAUUUUACAUGGGAGAAAUGUGGUCAUAAAGUGCUUUCCAUCAGCCCUAAGAGAGCAGUACAAACAAGAAUGCAGGAUCCUCAGCCUCUUGACUCCUCUUCGUCACAAGAACAUAGUUCAUCUCCUUAAAGCUGGCUCUUCUAGCAUCCUGAAGGAACAUUAUCUUCUGGUUCUGCAGCAUUAUCCUAAAGGCUCUCUCAGAAGUUACUUGACGCAUUCUACCACGAACUGGAUGAAAGCUUGCCGAAUGGCAACAUCCCUAGCCAGAGGACUGGCAUUCCUACAUGCAGACAUAUGGAAAGAAGAUACAUACAAACCACCAAUUGCCCAUCGGGAUCUCAGCAGUGAAAACAUCCUGGUAACGUCUGAUUCCUUGUGUGUAAUCUCAGACUUUGGACUUUCUGUUGUAUUGGAAGGACAAAAGAUAAUGAAAAGAAACACAGAGGACCCAGCUAUCAAUAUGACAGGUACGCUGAGGUAUAUGUCUCCAGAGAUGCUGGAUGGAUCUUUGAAUCUUGUAUUAUGGGAGCUUGCUCUGACCCAGGCUGAUGUCUAUUCACUUGGACUCUUACUAUGGGAAAUAUUCAGUCGUUGUAAUGACUUAUAUGCAGAUCAAAGUGCACCUGAGUUCCAAGUGGUGUUCUUGGAAGAACUGGGUCCAAAUCCUACUCUGCAUGAGCUGCAAUCGUUGAUAGUUGAAAAUAAGAGGCGGCCACAGCUUCCUAAAACCUGGGGCACUAAUAUCAAGCUUGUUGGAGCCCUCUGGGAGACUCUGGAAGAUUGCUGGGAUCCUGAUUCUGAGGCUCGGCUGACAGCUCAGUGUGCAGAGGAGAGACUCACCAAGCUCUGUAACCCACAAUGCUGAACAGAGGCACCGAAACUCAUACUGAGUGGCUUGAAAUGAACAACUGUUGUGAAGCACAGUUGUCAAUGCCAUUACUGUGUAGACAUCAUGGAUAUAUUAAUACUGCCAAUAUUUACAUUAAAACACAAUUAAUACAAAGACCAUUUUUAUUGUUGUUGACAGUUAAGUCUCAGCAUUUGGCUU